GGUUCUUCUGCGGUAGCUCUCCUUUGGAAUGAUAUUUUCAUAAUGAGCCGACAAGGUUAUGUGGCGACACCCCCGUAUUCUCAGUCCCAGCCUGGAAUGGGCCUUUCUCCCCCUCAUUAUGGACACUAUGGGGAUCCGUCCCAUGUAACUUCUCCACCAGGCGUGAUGAAGCAGCCCUCCGGGCCUUUGGGAGCCCCUGCUCCUUCAGGGCUCUUGCCCCCAGGCCCUUUACCUCCUGGACCCCCACAGUUUGGCCCAAAUGGAGCCCAUGCCCCAGGCCAUCCUCCUCAAAGAUUUCCGGGACCCCCACCUGUCAAUAAUGCGGCCCCCUCUUACGCAUCAGGCCAUGUAAUUCACUCUUCACGUCUUGUUUGUCAGAUUCAAGUGAUCGAGAGUGACAGGGCCACCAGAGGCGGGCAGGUCUACACUACCAACACCAGAGGCCAGGUGCCUCCGCUGGUCACCACGGACUGUGUGAUUCAAGACCAAGGCCACUCGAGCCCCCGGUACAUUCGCUGCACCACGUACUGCUUCCCGUGCACCGCGGACAUGGCUAAGCAAGCUCAGAUCCCACUAGCUGCCGUCAUCAAGCCCUUCGCUGACAUUCCACCAAAUGAGACCCCCUUGUACUUGGUCAACCAUGGCGAGAGCGGACCAGUGCGGUGCAACCGGUGCAAAGCCUACAUGUGCCCGUUCAUGCAGUUCAUUGAAGGCGGGAGGCGCUAUCAGUGUGGAUUUUGCAGCUGUGUGAAUGACGUCCCUCCAUUCUAUUUCCAACAUCUGGACCACAUUGGAAGGCGAGUGGAUCACUAUGAGAAGCCGGAGCUGUCGCUGGGAUCCUAUGAAUAUGUGGCUACGUUGGAUUACUGCAGGAAGAAUAAGCCUCCCAACCCACCAGCCUUCAUCUUCAUGAUCGAUGUCUCGUACAGUAACAUAAAGAAUGGACUGGUCAAGCUCAUAUGUGAUGAACUGAAGACCGUGCUGCAGAGACUGCCCAAGGAGGAGCAUGAAGAGACGUCUGCCAUUCGGGUUGGGUUCAUCACCUACAACAAAGUUCUGCACUUCUUUAAUGUCAAGAGUAAUUUGGCUCAACCUCAGAUGAUGGUGGUGACUGAUGUUGCAGAGGUCUUUGUUCCUUUGUUGGACGGGUUCCUUGUCAACUAUCAAGAAUCUCAAUCUGUGAUUCACAAUUUAUUGGACCAGAUUCCGGAGAUGUUUGCUGACUCUAAUGAAAACGAGACAGUCUUCGUUCCUGUCAUCCAGGCUGGCAUGGAAGCACUCAAGGCAGCCGAGUGCCCUGGGAAGCUUUUUAUCUUCCAUUCCUCCUUGCCUACUGCAGAAGCACCGGGGAAACUCAAGAACAGAGACGACAGAAAGCUGGUCAACACAGACAAAGAGAAGAUACUUUUCCAGCCCCAAACAACUGUCUAUGAAUCUCUGGCCAAGGACUGUGUGGCCAAUAGCUGCUCGGUGACGCUCUUCCUCUUUCCCAGUCAGUAUGUGGAUGUGGCUUCCUUGGGGCUGGUCCCCCUGCUCACGGGAGGGACCCUUUACAAAUACAAUGGAUUUCAGGUAAAUUCGGACAGCCAGCAGUUUUUGAAUGACCUCCGAAAUGAUAUUGAAAAGAAAAUAGGCUUCGAUGCCAUCAUGAGGGUUCGUACCAGCACAGGUUUCAGAGCCACCGAUUUCUUUGGAGGAAUAUUUAUGAACAACACCACGGAUGUAGAAAUGGCGGCCAUCGACUGCGAUAAGGCCGUGACUGUAGAGUUCAAGCAUGAUGACAAACUCAGUGAGGAUGCUGGAGCCUUGAUCCAGUGCGCUGUGCUCUACACGACCAUUGGCGGCCAGCGAAGACUCCGGAUUCACAACCUUGCCUUAAACUGCAGCACCCAGCUAGCAGACCUGUACAAGAGCUGCGAAACAGAUGUCCUUAUCAACUUCUUUGCCAAGUCAGCUUUUAAAGCAGUUUUGAACCAGCCUCUGAAGAGCAUCCGGGAAAUUCUAGUUAAUCAGACUGCCCAUAUGUUGGCGUGUUACCGGAAGCACUGUGCCAGUCCGUCUGCAGCAAGCCAGCUUAUACUGCCGGACUCCAUGAAAGUACUGCCUGUGUACAUGAACUGUUUGUUAAAAAACUGCGUGCUGCUCAGUAGACCAGAGCUCUCCACUGACGAGCGGGCAUACCAACGGCAGCUGGUCAUGACCAUGGGCGUGGCUGACUCCCAGCUCUUCUUCUAUCCACAGCUCCUGCCAAUACACACAUGGGACAUCAAGAGCACGGUGCUACCUGCCGCGGUCCGCUGCUCCGAGGCCCGACUCUCCGAAGACGGAAUAUUCCUGCUGGCUAAUGGUCUGAACGUGUUCUUAUGGCUUGGAGUGAGUAGCCCACCAGAGCUGAUUCAAGGAAUAUUUAAUGUGCCAUCAUUUGCACAUAUCAACACAGAUUUGACAUCGCUGCCUGAGGUGGGAAGUCCGCACUCCCAACAACUCAGAAUGAUAAUAAAUAAUAUCCAGCACAAGAAGCCAUACUCAAUGAAGCUCAUCAUCGUGAAGCAGCGAGAGCAGCGGGAGAUGGUUUUCCGGCAGUUCCUGGUGGAAGACAAAGGACUCUAUGGAGGAUCAUCUUACGUGGACUUCCUCUGCUGUGUCCACAAGGAGAUCUGUCAGCUGCUUAACUGAGUACCUCUCCCACCGAGCUUGCAUUUCUGUGGAGACGGUCUCCGACUUGGUGCCUAAUUUCCCCAAUGAUAGAUAGUAGGCUAGUUUUAAUUUCUUGAUCAUUUUCAGGAGAACUUGCCAAGACAGCACAUAGACCUUCAGCUCUGGUGCUCGGGUAGUAAGCCCGUGGAGUGUGGUGGUACCAUAAAGGGAACAGUCUAUUUCUGGCUGUCAAGCUUCUCAUUUCUAAAGCUGACAGUUUGCAUUUCAUAACUACAUAGUUUACAGAACCAUUCACUGUCUCAAUUUCCUUUCUUUGUGCUAGAUAUAUAAAUUAUUUUUCAAACUGUAUAGAUUCAUGGUAAAAAUGGUCUUGGUUCCUCUCUCUUUUGCCAUGAGAGGAAAAGGAUUUCAUUUUUACCUUAUACCUAAUGUUUUUAAAACUCCAUGACUACAUUGAACAGAUUUUUUUUUCAACUUAAGAUCUGCACAGCAGACUUUAAAAAACCCUAUAAUCUGUCUGGUAGAACAAUUUGUGUUCUCCUUUUUUCAUAAUUAUAUAUUGUCUGUUUAAAAUAUUUUCCAGUUGUUUUGUCUAUAAACGGUAUCUAUAUUCUUAAUGGUUCUUUGUACAAUUUUGAUGGUUUCUACCUGUAUAUAAUGGAUCUUAACCAAUAUCAAUAAAUUACUUCAUAUACUCUG